GGUAAUAUAUAGCUUGUAAUACAAAUUCUAUUUAUGCUCACUAGAUGCUAGUAAGUGUAGUUGAUGAGUUAUAUAUGUACAUGCCCGCUUAAUUAUACAAACGUGUGCGCAUGCAUGCAGUUGUCACUGGAUCUUGCUAGUCAUUGAACUUGACGAGGGAAAAGUUACAUCGCUGGACACAAUAAAGGAAACAAAAGAAAUAUACUACUUGAACGUUAUUGGGAUGCUCGACACGGCUUAUGCAAAAUUCAAGGAAAAGGUGAAAGGCCCUUGGAAAGAAAAGCUGUCAUUUGUGAAACUCGGGUGCAUGAGGCAAGCGCAGGGGACUAAUUUAUGUGGCUACGUAGUUUGCGAGAACAUUCGCAUGAAGACGUCCGAAAGGAAGCUAACGGACAAAAACUUUCAGUUGCUCCAGAUGCGGGAUCAGCUCCUAGAAGAUGACUGCAUGAAAGCACUUCAAGCGGAAAUAGCAGAAUUUUUCCUCGAGCAGGUCAUAGAUCCCAAUGGAGAAUACUAUUACCCGCUGUAAUGCCUGCAUUGUAAUGGUCUGCAAAUUGUAGGAGAAAUUUUAUGUACCA